GAUAGGCGUAGUUGAAACAUAAUAUUAUUAUAAUAUUCUGAACAUAAUUAUGUCAGUGUGUGUAUCCGUUUUUUUGACAGAUAUGUCACAAUCAGUUUUCAUGUCCAUGUGACAGGCGACAGUUCACAUUUGACAGUCGAUAUUGAGGUUAUGUAAAUAAAACAACAAACAAUAAUCGUGAUUAAAAUUUGUAUUCUGCAUGUAAAAUUUAACAGUUAUUUAUUAUAUAUAGUGUUAAAAUAAUAUUAAUAUUUUUUGUGCUUUACAUGUAAUCUCAAAGAGUCGAGAAACCUGUGUAAUAUUCAUAGUGGUGAUAUGUAGUGUUCUUGGUGUUAUUUCAAUCUAAUUCGAAAUAUGAUUGUGGAAUUUUAAAGUCUUAUUCACUAAGAUCAUAGUAGUGCGAUAUAAAUGUGAGUUUUAGGUAAAACUGGUAGUUUUACUAAGUUUCUUACGUAAAGGAGGAAAGACGACUAUUAGCUUUAUUUGAAGAAACUUUGACCAGUGAUAAUGAACUGACUUCUGAUGAGGAACAAUUUGAUCAUAUUUCACAGAGAAGUCAAGACACAAGUGAUACGGAACAAGAAUGGAGUGAUAGUGAGGAGCAAGCUUUGUCAAUGAAUAACCUACACGUUUAUAUCGGAAGAGAUAAAACGACUAAAUGGUCUUCAAAACCACCUCAGCCUAACGAUAAACCAAAGACAGAAAAUGCUAUACAAAAUGUCGGUGUACAGUUCUUAGCUCGAAGUGCGAACACAGAAAUAGAGUGUUGGAGACAUUUUAUAACUGAUGGUAUGUUAGAACAUAUAGUCUGCCACACGAACGCUAAGAUUAAACAAAAAAUAUUAGCCAAUUGCAAGCAAACGCGUGAAAAUACAACGAAAGAAAAAGAAACUACAAAAGACGAACUGUUGGCGUUUCUGGGCUUGUUGUAUUUAGCAGGUCUAAACAAUUCUAAGCGACAAGAUUUGCACGACUUCUGGCGUACUGAUGGUACUGGUGUCGAGGUUUUUAGAAGUACAAUGUCUAUGCAACGCUUCUAUUUUUUGCAUAGUUGUUUGCGUUUCGGAGAUUCAUCACCUGAAAAAGGUAAGAAAAUAGAUAAUCUUACUCCUAUAAGAUGUAUUUUUGAAGAAUUCGUUUCAAAUUGUAUAAAUAAUUAUUCUCCGAGUGAAUACCUCACUAUCGGUGAGAAGUUAGUUCCGUUCCGCGGUAAGUGCCUGUUUCGGCAAUUUAUACCAACUAAUCAAGGUAAUUAUGGCAUAAAAAUGUAUGCUAUGGUUGAUACAAAAAAAUUGUAUACCUAUAACCUUGAAAUAUAUUCUAGCAAUAAAUCUGAUAAACUACAGAGUGAUGAAGGUUUUGAUGUUGUGGAUAGAUUAGUGCGACCGGUUUCCCAAAGUAAUAGACACAUUACAAUUGCCAAUCGGUUUACGAGCAUUCCUCUAGUGAAGCAUCUACAAGAAAAUCAUAAUCUUAAAUCGACUGGUGCCUUACGUAAAAGCCAAAAAGAAAUCCCAAAAAGCUUUUUAAAGACGCGAGGAAAGGAAGUACACGGUGCCCAGUUUGGGUUCCAUAAAGAUCUCACCCUUGUGUCCUACAAACCUGAGAAAUCUAAAGUGGUUGUGAUACUAUCUUCCCGAAAUAACGAUCAAACCACUCGACCUACUAAUAAACAGAAACCAGAAAUAAUUGCGUUCUAUGAUUCUACAAAAUCUAGCGUCAAUGUCGUAAAUGAACUCUGUACUAAAUAUGAUGUGUCACGAAGUUGUAAACACUGGCCCCUAUCUGUGUUUUAUGCAGUCAUGAAUAUAGCUGCGCUAAACAGUAUGAUUGUAUAUCGUGAAAACACCAGUUCAAAAACAAGUCCGCGUGAUUAUAUAAGAAAACUCGGUCUCACAAUGCUAACUGGUUAUCUUCAAUCGAGGAAGAAUGCUGGAAACAUACCCAGGGAAAUACGUCAAAAGAUCCACGAGCAUAUUGGGGAGACCAUGAGUUACCCUCCUCCGAAAAAAACGGGUAAAAUAGUGAGAUGCAAAGCCUGUCCUACAUCUAAAGACAAGAAAACAAGGUAUUAUUGUCUCAAAUGUAAUAAACCCAUUUGUUUACAACAUGUUUACCCGGUAUGCCAAAGUUGUUUGUCUUUUGAUAGUGAUUAAUAAAAUGCUAUAUAGUUUUAA